CUCAUUGGAUGAGAAAUGAAUGGGGAGGGAAUAACUCGAAGGUUAAAAUUCAGCUGCUUCUUACCUGAACAGAUUGCCUUCUUCAGGUUCCCCUCCCACAAAAAUGUGGAAGCUUUUUUUCUCUCUUUCUCUCUGUCUAAUAAAUCACUCUUGCGCAAAACUCUUUGGGUCCAUGAUAUUUAUCGGAACGAAAAGCUCACCAUGCCUCCAGGGCCGCUUUCUCCAUUCUUCCGGGUAAGAAAGGCCAAGAACCUCUUCGGAACCAGGCGCUGGGGACACUCCCCCAGUUACAUCUUAGAGCGAAUUGAGGCCAUGAGGCUAGAAAUGGUCCUGCAAAUGAAACUCUGAUGUCCUUGGCUCGUGAGUUCUAUCAUAGACCUCUGGAUCAACCUGCAUCCCUGGAAGACUCCCCUCUGGAGGAAACCUCAACUGCAGGGCCCUUUCUAUACCCAGUUCAGCAGGAAGUAAUUAAAGAGCAAUGGACACCCAUG